CCUCCCCGACAUCCUCCUCCCCGGCGUCUUCCUCUGGCAGUGCCGGCUCCAGAGCCCCGGCACCCCCCGGCAGCGCCGAUGCUGAGCACGGAAAGUUUCACAGGGGCGAGAGCCCUGGGAGAGGAAUCGCUGCAGAUGUGGGACCUCAACAAGCGGCUGGAGGCGUAUCUGGCCCGGGUGAAGUUCCUGGAGGAGGAGAACGAGGUGCUGCGAGCUGAAAUCCAGAGCGCCAAGGGCAGCCCGGUCGGGGACUCGUGGCGGGUGAAGUACGAGGAGGAGCUGCGAGCCCUGCGGGAUGCGCUGGAUCACGCCUUCAGGGAGAAGUGCACGGCCGAGCUGGCCAGGGACAACCUCUACGAGGAGGUCCAGCAGGUGAAAAGCAGGUGCCAGAAGGAGCAGGCAGCCCGAGAAGAGGCCAAGAAGCAGCUGUCCUUGAGCAGGAAGGAGCUGGAGGAGGAGAGGAGAGCGCAGAUCUGGCUGAAGGAGAGAGCCGUGCAGCUGGAGAAGGAGGUGGAAGCCUUGCUGGAGGUGCACGAGGAGGAGAAAGCGGGGCUGGACCAGGAGAUCGCGAGCUACUCCCAGAGCCUGGAGAGCUUCCGCUGUGCACCAGUGGCUUUCCAGCCCGUGGAGGUGGAGGACUAUUCCAAGAGGCUCUCAGAGAUCUGGAAAGGGGCAGUGGAGACCUACAAGACAGAGGUGUCACAGCUGGAGGGCUCCCUCUGCCAGGCCAAGGAGAACCUGUGGAAAGCAGUGGAGGACAACCAUCAGAGCCAGCUGCAGCUGCAGCACCUGGAGAAGGACCUGGCGGGGCUCAAAGCACGGAAGGAGAUGCUGGAGGAGAGCCUGGCCCAGCAGUGGCAGGAGCAGCGUGGGGAGGCAGAGAAGUUCCAGCUGGCGAUGGAGGCCCUGGAGCAGGAGCAGCAGAGCCUGCGGGUGCAGAUCGCCCGGGUGCUGGAGGACAGGCAGCAGCUCAUGCACCUCAAGAUGUCCCUCAGCCUGGAAGUGGCGACCUACAGGACGCUGCUGGAAGCGGAGAGCACCCGCCUGCAAAUGCCAGCCGGGGAAUUCAGACUGGCCAACGGCGUGCGAGAUCUCAAACUGGAGGUGAGCAGCGGCAGCAAACUGGUACCAGCAAGCCCUGAGCCCAGGCGGCUGCUGCCCCGGGACCACGGCGCCAGCCCCUCUGUCUUCCCCAGGGCAGAGGGGAGGGGUCAGCCAGCGAAACCUCAGAGAGACGCCCUGACACCCAAAAACCAGAGCCCCGGUGCCAGGGAGCUCCAGAAAAUCAGCUCGGUCCUCCAUGGUACAGCUCCUGGCAGGGCUGUGGGUGCCCCCGGGUGCCCCACGCCCAGCCCCUCCCAAGCUGCCCCUCCUCUCUCCCCGGAGCCCCCCAGCCCCUCGCCAUCGGAGCCGGGGAGCCCCGGGGGAGAGGGUCCUGCCUGGCCGGGGGGAGCCGGGGGGGUGACGAGCCAAGGGGCGGAGCAUCCCCUGCCCGGAGCCGCGACAGAGAGCCCCGAGGACGGUGUGAAGCCCCCCGGGACGGUGCCCACCCGCAGCCUGCAGUACCCGGCCCAGCUGGUCAGCGAGGCCCUGGAGGACGCACUCAAGGAGGUGGAAGAUGAUGCUCAGCCCGAGGAAGAGCCCACCCUCAGCGCUGUGUGGGCCCCCCAGGAUGCCCGUGCCCCCAGCCCCGUUUUCCCCACAGAGGCUUGUGGAGGGGCUGUGGCAGAGGGGACAGGGGAAGGGCAAGACCCCUCCGAGGGCUCUGGGGACAGUGAUGGCCCCGAAGUGGAAGAGAGGGCUGGGGAAGCCGAGCUCCAGGGGCUGCGUGUGGAGAGCAGCAUCCUGGGGGACAGAGCCACGGCCCCACUGGGCACAUCCCUGAGUGACACAGUGAGACAGGAAGAGAUGGGAGCGUGGGAGGAGGAGGAGGAGGUGCCUGCUGUGCUGAGCCCGAGGGAUCCAGAGGCAGAGGUCCAGGAAGAGGAUGUGAGUGGUCCUGGACAGACAGUGACCAGCUGGGAAAAAACAGGGCGAGAGGAGGAUGGGGAAGAGACCCCAAGCACGGAGCCAUCACAACCCUCAGAAGAUGAGGAGGAGAGGGAACCCCAGAGUCCCUGGCAGGAGGACGGAGAUUUCCGUGGAGAAGGAGGGGAUGAGCCAGAAGAGGAGUCCCCAGACAGGGAAGUGGAAGCUGUUCGUGCUGUCCUCGUGGAAAGCCACCUGGUUUCACCCACAAAGAGUCACCUGGAAGAGGAUUUUGUUGAUGAAGAUCAGGAGAAGUCUGAGCAUCAGAAAAUGACUGUGUGUGAGGCAGAGGCUGCAGAGCAGGAAAGGGGACAGGAGCUGUGCCCAGAGCAGGAGCCCUCGACUGUCCACGAGGCCCUCCCAGCACAGGAGGCUUCAUCAGGGGCUGAAGAAGAUGCUGUGGGAGGGGAGGACACAGGCAGAGUGAAAGAUGGUGAGGGAGAUAAGGGAGAGGCCAGCAGGGAGAUGCUGGGAGGAGAGGACCCUGGGGCAGGAGAAGACCCUGAGGCAGGAGAGGAUCCCGGGGCAGGAGAGGACCCCGAGGCAGGAGAGGCCUCCGGGGUGGGAGAGGACUCUGAGGCAGGACAGGAUCCCAGCAAAGAAGAGGAUCCCAGGACAGGAGAGGAUCCCAAGGCAGGAGAGGCUGCAGGAGGUGACACCCCGGGGUGGGAGAGCAGAGCCCCAGAGGAGCCCGAGGACCUGCAGGAAGCCAGAGCUUCUGUGGAAGAGGGGGGGAAACAGGAGGAGCUGGAGCUGGAAGAGGAGCCCUGGGGCAAGGGGGAUGAUGGCAGUGGCCAAGAGCCCUGUCCAGGGGACUGGGAGGUGACAGCAGAGGACACAGAGGGGGCUUUGGGCACAGAAGAGUCAGCCUGGGCCGAUGACACCCCGUCCAGCACAGGAAGGCUGGAAAGUGAGGAGAGAGAUGGCACGUCGCCAGCAGAGCUGGAGGAAGCCCAGGAAGACGAUGAAGAAGAUGCCAAGAGCCAGGGGAUGAGCCAGCAGCAACCACUGCCAGAGGCUGAGCCAGCACCGGAGCUGGCAAGGGAGGAGCAGGAGGGCACUGCCGGGCAGCCUGACCCAGCCACCCCACCUGCCCCUGGGCCAGGGGACAGCCAGGAGCCGGCCGAGGGUCCGGAGGAGCCGUGGGAGGUGCAGGGUGAGGAUGCUGAAGAGGGGCUCAGCUCAGAGCUGGGGCAGCCAGAGAGCAGCAGCUCCGGCCUCGAGGCACCGCAGGAGGUGUCGGGUGAGGGCACAGAGAGCAGUGAGUGGGUGGAGGAGGAUUUUGGGAGGUCGGGAGACUCGGAGCCCACCCCAGGCACCGGCAGGAGGGUGGAGCUGGAGGACACCCUGCCGGACAGCACACCCCUGCACCUCUACGAGGGGGAGAUGCUGGCUGGGGGUGCACCCAGCCAAACCCCCCCGGAGACUGAGGAGACCACGGAGACAGACCCUGUGACCGAAACAGCUCCGGAGGGGGAAGGGUGGCUGGAAGGGAGGGACAAGCCACCGACUCCCACCAUGCCAGAGAGCCCUGAAGAAGAGACAGAGGCAGAGGUAGAGGCAGAGGUAGAGGUGGCCCCUGUGGCAGAGGGUGCUGAGGAGGAGGAAGGAUAUUUCAUGGUCUCUGCUCCCAGCCAAGAGGUGUCCAGCUCGGAGGAAGCCGAGAUCUCCGAGGACUUUGAAGAAAUUAAAGUGGAAGCAACUGAAGGCAGCCAAGGUGACGUGGGAGGUCCCAGAGAAGCAUCUCCAGUGCCAGAGGGCAAAGAGCACCUCGAGACUUUUGUCGGGGAAGCAGAAGAAGACAUGGAGAUGCCCACAGAAGAACCUGAGAAGCCACAGGAUGAGGAGGAGGACGACACUGCUGAGCUGGAGGAAGGCCCAGCUAUGCCUGAAGCAGAUCCCGGCUGCCCUGGGGCCAUGGGACCAUUAACAGGAGGCACUGACCAGCCAGCCCAGGGUACCACAGGCACCGGAGCCCGGGAGGGACCCGACCACUCUGAGGGUUUGGCUGCCGAAUCAGAUGAGGAGCUCCACGGCACAGUGGGGCUGGAGAGUGACGCCAGUGGAGCCACAGCACUGCCAGGCUGCAGCCUGGGGCUGGUGGGGCAGGAGGAGGAGGAGGAGGAGGAGGUGGAUGAGGAUGAGCCUGGCAUGGCUCACCGUGACACGGCCAAGGUCACCCCUCUGGCAGAGCUCCAGGCCCAGGCAAUGCCGGAGCAGCCGGAGCAGCCGUCGGAGGAGCAGCCGUCGGAUGAGCAGCCGCCCGUGGAGGAGGAAGCACCAGACAGUGACAGCCCCCCCUCAGCAGGGGAUGAGCAGCCCCCCGAGGCCGACCCACCCCAGCCGGGCUCUGCACUGGAGCAGAGAGGUUUUCCAGAGGUGAUUACAGACAUCCCUGACACCGCUGUUCUCCCGGCAAAGGUGCCCGUGGAUGUCAUGAAGGACUCCGAUAUUUUGGAAAUAGUUGAGCAGGCCCUGGAGUUCAACCAGGAGCUGGUGAUGGGGGCGAGGGCGGCCGAGGGAGGGCAGCAGGGUCCUGGCAGGACCGAGCUGCCCCGGGAUGCUGGGGAAGACUCCUCGCCCGCCUCGUCCAGCGAGGAGGAGCCGACGGUGCAGGAGGCGCCGGAGCCGGAGGGUCGGGUUCAGGCUGCCAACGGGCUGCACCGGGAGGCCAGUUUGGAGGACCUGGCCGAGUUCACCGAGGAGGUGCUGAACGGCAUUGCCAGCAUGGCCCCGGCACAGGAGUUCCCCUCGGGGACCGCAGACCCCUCCCUGGGGAUGCCAGCGCAGCCCCCCAGAGACGCCAAGCUGGGGGAUGGCACCUCGUGGGGCAAACACGGCAGAGCCGACCCCGUGCCCCCCGCUCUGGGGGAGGAUGUCCUGUGCCUCACACCUGACCAGCCACCAGCGUGUCGGCUGAGAGCCGAGCAGGAGCCCUGGUCCUCGGGGGACGAGUGACAGCGGUGGGGGGAACCCCCCCGGUAGCCCCUUCCCUGCCGUGACCCAGCACCCCCCACUUCCCCCACCCACCCUCCUAAUGCUUCCCCACCUCCUUGUGGUUUUUAACAUGUUUGUGUGGAUUUUUUGCACCCCUUUUCAGAGUGAAGAACCACCAAGCUCCGUUCCACCCCACAGCCUCCCCCCUCCCCCCAGAAAUUCGCAUGCUUGCUUCGGGACCCCCACCUCAUUUUGAGCCUCCUCUGGGGGGGUUGCCACGGCUGUAUUUAAUUUAAACUCUGUGUUUCCCCCUUCCCUGCAAUCUCCUCUCCUUCUGCCCCCCCCAGCAUCUGCCCUAGGAAGGCCAGCUGGAGGCUGGGGACCCCCACAUGCUGCACCCCAGGACUCAGUGCCUCAGGGUGAUGUCACCCCGGGGUCCCCAGCCCUGACCCGCCGACAAGGGGGCUGAGCCAAGCUGGAUGUUUCCGCUGCCUUGACGUUAAUUUAAUAAAGCCUCAU